GUUACAGUAGAGGAUUUCGAAGAAGUCUGCAAAGGUCUAUACCGGGCAUUAUGUAUACGGGAAAAAUACAUGCAACAAUCAUUUCAGAGAUUCCCUAAGACUCCUUCCAAGUACCUAAGGAGCAUUGAAGGAACACUUUGGAAAGCAGAUGAAAGCUUGUACCCAGUGUUCACUCCUCCCCCGAAGAAAGGAGAAGACCCUUUCCGAAAAGAUGAUCUUCCUGACAACCUGGGCUAUUGUUUCAAGAUGAAGGAUGGGGUCAUUUAUUGCUUUGCUAAUGAAGAGGCUGCCAGCAAAGAUGAGCCCAUACCACUCCCCUAUCCAAACCUGGAAUCCUUCUUAGAUGACAUGAAUUUUCUACUUGCUUUAAUUGCUCAAGGACCUGUCAAAACCUAUGCCCACCGACGCCUGAAGUUCCUGUCCUCCAAAUUUCAAGUCCAUGAAAUGCUCAAUGAGAUGGAUGAAUUAAAGGAACUGAAGAACAAUCCCCAUCGGGACUUCUACAACUGCAGGAAGGUAAAGUAGACCAGGGUCCUGAGAGCUGAGUCCAGAGGCAAGAGCCUGAGCUGUGGACUCUUCUAGCUCUUGGGAAAACCCAAGAACUACUGGUAUCAGAACUGGACUGAAAUCAGUGGGCCCAUGUCGAGGAAAAAAAUGAACAAUGGUCAGUAGGCGCUAGAAGUUUAAAGAUUCUCCAUUUUGUUGAUUGCAAACUAGAAAUGGAGAUGCUUGGUGCUCGGUCGAUAGAGAGCCAGGUCUAGAG